AUGAACCCCCUCGAACCCGCUACUUCUCAUCACUCGCCUCCCCCUCCUCUCCCUCCCAUCAGCCACGCCCACACCGCUGACGCCACCGCCAUCGACUCAUUCCACUGGCAUCUAGCGCGCAUGGUCACUGCGCAGGCUAUCGAAGACUUCCGCGAUCUCGGCCGACACAACGAGCCCACGGCAAUCAUGUUCAUCAUGGACGCUGCUGCCGCCGUUGCAGCGCAUGAGGUCGGGCGGAGCGUGGUGGACAUACGACGAUUGAACGAGUUCAACACGUUGGGGAAUAGGCGGUUCGGCGGGGACUGGGAGAAUGAGUGGGAUGAGGUGGAGGAUCUCAAGGCGGACAGUAGAGCCAGGAGGGCGAGGGAGGCUUUGGAGAUGGAAUGGAGUGCAGGCGGUACCGGUCACGUAGAGGAAGCUCCAAAUGGCGUGCAGCCGGUAUGUCUCUCCGCAGGCCUCACCAGUCGAGAGGGAUGGAGACUGACACUGUCUAGAGAGCUGCCGCUAUUCCAAUCCCGUCGAACCAGCUUCUUCGGCUGGCGCAAGAUCAGCAUCGGCAGGCGGCGAAUCGGGCGCCAUGCGGGGUUCUCAACGCCCCCUUAUGCUCCGCUUCUCAACCUCGGGGUUGCUCCUCCUCCGCCUCAGGUACCUCGUCACCAGCAUCAACCGCUGCCCUCCGCAGCCCGAUUCCCGCUCCCACCACGACCAGCACCCGCUCCUGCUGGUAACCCAACCUGCUCAUCGAGCAACACCGUCCUCCACCCUCUCGGUCCGGUAGGUGAGGUCGCUGCCAUCACACCUGGGGUCUCGCCGUUCUAUCAGCCCCGGUCCAAUCCCACCGCUUCUCGUCAUCCCCAGGUACCCAUCACCCCAUCUUCUUCCCAGGUCGUCCCCAGCGGUCAACCCAGUCAACAGGCGUCAGGCGGAUAG